UCACGUUCAUUUUCUGUAUUUGAAUAUAUGAAAUUAUAUCGUCAAUGGUACGAAACUUAUCUCACGCUCUCUCUCUACAGACAUUUCUCUCCUCCCGCACCCACUCUCUCUCUUAGCCAUGGAUAAUCCCACAAACAUAUGCAGCGCCGGAAAACCACCGGAGGUCAUCUCUCCGUCGCGAAGCCUACGGCGGAGAAACAGCUCCGCCUCCAACUCGCCGGAAUUUGAGUUCUGGCGUCUAACGAACCCAUCAUCUCAACCCGACCCAGAUCUCGUAUCCGCCGACGAGCUCUUCCUCGAUGGCGUUCUCCUCCCACUUCAGCUCCUCUCCCUCAAACCCGCCCACUCGCCCAACUCGGAUGGCUCGAUACCCGAUCCGGAUCCCCCACCCUCAGACCCAUCUGCUCCUCUCGUCCACGAACUCGAUCCUGCGACAAAAACAGAGCCCACACCGGAACCCGGGCACGGACCUGGAUUGUUCCGUGAGACGGUGGUUUCCGGGUUCACGUCGUCGAAGCGAUGGAGAGAUAUGUUCAGGAAGAGCGAGAGCAAGCCGCCGGCAAAGAGUCGGGAACACAAGGAGAAGGAGAGCAAGAAAAGGGAGAGGAAAAGCCAAACCGUUUCGGGCUCGAGCGCGGGCGCGGAGCUGAACAUCAACAUCUGGCCGUUCUCCAGGAGCAGAUCCACCGGGAACAUCGUGACCCGACCCAGAAUGUCGUUCGGAGCUCCGGUGACGCGGAAGGUGAGCAGCGCUCCGUGUUCCCGGAGCAACUCCGCCGGCGAGUCCAAGUCGAGGAAGUGGCCGAGCAGUCCGGGACCGGUCGGGGUCCAUCUGGGUCGGAACAGUCCAGUGUGGCAGGUCCGCCGUGGAGUUAUCGCCGGAAAACCGGUCUCCGAGUCGCCGGUGGAUGGGAGCUCCGGCGAGAGGGGUGGUGGUGGCAAAAGGGAAAUUACCGAGGGGAGGAGGGGUAAAAGGGUAAAUGAGAACCAUAAAGCGAAAGUACUGAAUUUGAACGUUCCGAUGUGCAUCGGUUAUCGCAAUCGGUUGAGCUGCAGAAGCGACGAGAGUGGAAGUAGUAAUAAUCGGAGUGGGAAUAGCAGAAUCGGGAGUGGAAGUAGUAAUAACCCCAACGCGGCUACCACCAUGUUUGGUCUGCGUAAUCUAUUUAUUAAGAAGGUUCAUUGACUUGUCAAUUUUUGUAUUUAUAUAAUUUCCUCGUCAACCCUCUGACUGGGCGAGAGGGUCUCUCUGUUUCUUUUAUAAAAAAAUGAUAAUUUUGCUGUGAAUGAAUAAAGAAUCCAUGCAAUUUGUACA